AUGUUGAAAGGAUCGCUCGCUGGAAUACAGUAUUACCUGACUCCCAAGUUUGACUCGCUGCUGAACAUCAAGGUGUGGAACGCAGCUGCAUCGCAGAUCUUCUUUUCUCUCGGACCGGGCUUUGGAGUCCUGCUGGCGCUAUCGAGCUACAACAAAUUUCGCAAUAACUGCUAUGGAGACGCGAUGCUCACAAGUUUCAUCAACUGCGCGACCAGCUUCCUAUCCGGAUUCGUAGUGUUCUCUGUCCUAGGUCAUAUGUGCUAUCGAAUGAAGAAGGAGAUGUCCAAAGUCGCCAAUGAAGGCAAGUUGCUUUUCAAUGCUCCUUUCAACCACAGGCGUCUCAUCAAACCUGUCGUUUCACGCAGAUCUUCCUCCUCUCUCGUUUCUUUAGGUCCGAGCUUGGUUUUCAUUGCCUACCCGGAGGCCAUCGCAACCUUAUCAGGAUCAACCUUCUGGGCAAUCAUUUUCAUGCUGAUGCUGAUUACACUAGGACUGGACAGUACGUUCGGUGGACUUGAGGCCAUUAUCACUGGAAUACUGGACAGAUGGCCAAAACUUCGUCGAAGAAGAGAACUCGUAGUCCUUAUAAUGGUUAUUUACUGUUUCCUGGGAGCACUGCCAACGACAACUAACGGCGGCUACUAUGUGCUGACUCUCUUGGAUACCUACGGAGCUCCAUUCUCAAUCCUCUUCAUCGUCUUCUGCGAGUGCGUCGCACUUUGUUGGUGUUAUGGUAAGUUCCAGUUCGUCAAACAGAGUGCACCCUUCACUCAAUCUCGAGAUUGGUUCGUUUGUCCUACCGACAUAUACAGGCCAGCCUCUGCUGCUGUAGAAAGCAACCCGCCCACCCCGUACUUUGCGAAAUAUAGCCGCACUAAGGGUCAAACUCUCUCUGAGUUAAAACAGUCUUAUUUGGGUUCAGUGUCCAAUGUUCAUGAGACUCUUAAAUUCUUUAUUGAGCCUACCUUCAAAGUACUUGGCAAUCAUGUGGAGAAUUGA